AUGGAAAAAAAUGGAGCUGACCGUGACGUUGCUAUGGAAGGAUCUAAUGAUUUGUUCAUAGGCAACUGUAAUAGCACAGGAGAGUCAGAAACAAGUGAUCGGGUUUUUCAGCACCUAACCUGCAUGGAUUCCAGGGAUCCAUUGUUUGGACAGAGUGACUCUCCCGCAGCCUUGCCCAUCGCAGUACACCUCUCAGGCAGUUCUGCAUCAUCAGCUGCGCCUGCACGGCCACCCCAGCCACAGCCUCACUCUGCAGAGGAGUUCCACAUGGUAGACCAAACCGGGCAGCCUCUCUAUGAGCUGCAACCUGUAGGAGGGCCCACUGCGCAGAUGAUGAUUGUUGCCAGCCAGUCAGAACAUGGACAGGUGCUGCAUGUCAUUCCUUCUGCCCAGCCAGGAAUGGCCCAAGUGAUUAUUCCUCAAGGUCAGCUUCUGGAUGUGACCAGCACACAGGAUGUUUCAGAAGAGAAGCGUGGUGAUGGGAGCUUGCAGACUGUGGCGGUGGCUGCUAUAGCAGACAGUGCAAGUAGUUACAUUCUACAUCCACAGGCAUCUCUCACUGUAUCGAAAAAAACAACCACCAGGGUGGUGGAAGAUGCCUUUCCCAUCCCUCUCCAGCCAUUGCCGCCAAAUACACCUGCAUGGGCACGCCGUCUCAGGAACUGUGAGAAAAUUGGGGACUCAUACCGCGGCUAUUGUGUGAGCGAGACAGAAUUAGAGAGCGUUCUAACGCUACACAAGCAGCAAACACAAAGUGUGUGGGGCACACGCCAGUCUCCAAGCCCAGCCAAACCUGCCACACGGUUGAUGUGGAAAUCUCAGUAUGUCCCAUAUGAUGGGAUCCCCUUUGUCAAUGCAGGAAGCAGAGCCAUUGUAAUGGAGUGCCAAUAUGGGCCAAGGAGGAAGGGGUUCCAGCCCAAAAAAGCUGGUGAGCAGGAAAGCACCUCUUGCCAUCUGUACAAAGCCACUUGUCCAGCAAGGAUCUAUAUUAAAAAGGUUCAAAAGUUUCCAGAAUACAGAGUUCCUACUGACCCUAAAAUUGACAAGAAAAUCAUAAGAAUGGAGCAGGAGAAAGCAUUCAACAUGCUGAAGAAGAACUUGAUAGAUGCUGGCGGUGUCCUCAGGUGGUACGUACAGUUACCCACUCAGCAAGCCCACCAAUAUCAUGAAAUGGAAACUUCCUGCCUCCCUUCUUCACCCUCCCAUUUUUCUGUGUCUUCUCCUGAGGAGGAGGAGGAAGUUGUUAGAGAUGAGAACUGUACUCUGCCUUCCCGACUUCAUCCUCAAGUGGCAGACAAGAUCCGAGAACUGGUGUCUCAGGGAAUAGAGCAGGUCUAUGCAGUGAGAAAGCAACUAAGAAAGUAUGUGGAAAGAGAAUUAUUCAAGCCUGAUGAAGUGCCAGAAAGACAUAACCUGUCCUUCUUCCCUACUGUGAAUGACAUCAAGAACCACAUUCACGAAGUGCAGAAGUCCCUGAGGAAUGGCGAGAUGGUGUAUAAUUCAGAAAGUAUCCCAGCAACGCUGCAGUGGACCACAGACAGUGGGAAUGUUCUCACAGAAACAGUGACCGUUACAUUUGCCUCACCACCUUCAGAUGGGAGCUCAGCAGGGGAAUCGGUCAUCACCAAAGCAGAAUCCAGCCAGAGCGGGGAGCCCUUGCUACCAGAAACAGCUCAGCUUUUGUCUUCGCUCUCUUCACUUCAGCCUAAGAUAUUUGCACAACUUCAGGGAUUACAGCUGCAGUCAACUUUUACCUCCACAAAUGGAUCAACAGCCCUGAUUGCUGUAAAAAACCGUUCCCCUCCCAGCCCUGCAAGUCUCUUGGAUUCCAUAGGGACUGCAGUAGCCAGUCAUUCUCUAGUGCUUAGUCAGGGAAACAGUCUGCAAGCAAGUGCUGGCCUAACACAGCACAAUACUACUGCCUCUGUUCUUGGGACUCCUCCUGUCUCUGAUCAGAGUCUGGUCACCAUGGGCCAGCUGGUGGCAGUUGGAGGGGUAGACGACUCCAGAAGCCUAGAAGGAGGAGUCCAUCAGAUUCUCUUGGGAGAUGUACAGGCUAUUCCAGUACGGAUUGUGGACAGCCAUCCAGCACUUACUGAAGAAAAUACAGAGGGUGUUAUCUGUGUGAGCCAAGUUAAACAAGAGCCAAGAGAAAAAGCAUUGUCUAUGGAGCCAGAUAAAAUCAGAGACUGCCAUAGUUCCUCACCUAUUUAA